UUUACUACUCUGGAGCAGUUACUUGUUGAUGAAAAACACCCAUCUAUUGGUACACUGACUGGCUGUAUAUCUUCUGAUGAGCUCCUCAAUAUUUGUGAUGCCAAGGGAGAUGAUGAUCUCCAAGUUUACAGGCUCAAUAAUGACAAGGCAAUUGCAUGGUUAAAGACAAAGGUAUACUAAGAUGUUGAAUUACUAAUAGAUCACCUGGCGGAUCAGUUGACUGUUUACUGAGACUGUGUCUUAACAAUGUCACACAAGGGAACCCAGCACAUGGAAAGUGGCUUUGUUUAAGUCUGACUGUCACUAUAUUUUGGAAUAGGAUGGGAAAUGGGAUAAAAUAGGUAGUGAUUUGACAUUUUCACGCUUUGACAACAUAUCAUGUUUUCUCCUUGGUAGCCAGUGCUCAAAAUCCCUGCUUCCUGUCCCUCAAUUUGUUAAGAACCCUGAAAGGAAUUCAGAAACUAGAAUCAUAGCAACCAGACACCAGAAACUCUGAUGAAGGGUCUAUACCCAGAUCUGGAUAGUGCUUAUUGGUUGAAAAUUUGCUUCAUCCAAUCAGAAGCACUGCCCAGAUCUGGGAAGUGUAGCGUCACUUGCAUGGAAUUUCUGCACUGUUUCCUCAGACAUCAUUUCAUGGAGGAAACCAGUGAUGGCAUCGCAAAUUGGCUGCUGUUUUCUUAGGCUAUUAGUACAUGUAAUUACGUGAGCCAAUCUGUGGAGAACAAGUUACUUUUCUUGUUAUGUUUCCAUGUCAGGUUGAACAGACUGCUGAUUGUGUGUCAUCAAGUGGUGUUCAUGUAUCUAAGGGUUCACAAAGUGCUACAUUUGUACGCAGCAAAAGACAUUCCGUUGCAUCAAGAGGUACUGUUCAUUAAUGAUGAUGGCUGAAUAUUAAGCUCUUUUCGUUGGGUUUGAUUUGCUGGUGCAGGUAAUGGUGCAAUUGAAGCCGCCAGGAUUAGGGUUAGGUUUCCAGUGACAGGACCUUUAUUAGGUAGCUACAUAACUUAACAUAACUUUAUUAUUUAAAUAGUGCAAAAUACAUGGGUAUAUGAUCUAAUGUGCUUAUUAUAGCAGAGAGAUUUUUAAACAAUGGAUGCGAACUAACUGGAAGUGGACUUUUGUAUUCUUAGCCAGUGGUUUUGCCCAAAUUUUCAGUCAAAUUGAGUCUAUAACAGUAAUGAUAUAAAGCAAUACAAAUUUGGUAGCACUGGGGUAUAUUAAAAGAAAAAAGGCCUCAUCUCUGGUUGACAUGCCCAGCUCUAACCCACCCUAAUGCUUUAGCUUCCUAUUCACACCUACAUGUACACAUCCUCAAAUUAAACCCUCCCAGCAAUGAUGCCUUCCUCAAAGAACUUACCAACUGGACAUGUACUUACUGACCUUGGUUUUGUAAACAUGGUAAACUUAAGUGACUAUGGUGUUAAGUGUGCAGAAGCUACCUCUCCUACUCUGCAUAAGUGUUAAUCCCUGAUCAUGGUACUAAGCUAAGUGUGAUAUUAGGUUAAUUAAAAUGAAAAUUACAAAGUACAAUAAAUAGACAAAAAUAAUAAAGUUUGAAGUACAUAAUCAAGUAUUUGUUAUUUAACCCUUUAAGUCCCAAUAGUGAUCAACAUUAAUUUUCUCCUAACGAUAUCCAUACAUUGGCAAGAGAAAAGUUUAUGAGAAUUAAUAAAAUGCUCACCAAAGAGAAAAUGCUUUGAUCUUUUAUCAAAUUCUCUCAACUAAUUCUUAAAGGAAAUGUAUAGAGACCAGUUUGGAGAAUUUGUAUGUGGAUAUUGGGGCUUAAAGGGUUAAUAAUUUUGUUUUCAGGCGACUAUGUUAGAUAUGCCUUUGGUCUAGUGUGUGACUAUCUAUCUUUGCAAUGGAGUGAAAGUCUUAAAGAGUCUUUAAGGUAAGGAAAUGUUUACAGACACUGUAAAAGAAGCCACUGGUUACUUCUAGCUUUUACCAGUAUUUGUCUUAGUAAUGUGAUUGAUUGAUCGACCAGUCAAGUGAUAUUCUGCAGAUAAAAGUGACAGGUUUGAAUUUCGGUUGGACCAUCAAAAAUGAACCAUUCCUGUGACCAUCUUUCAUUUCUUAACAACUGGCCUGCAUAACAGGCGUUUUUUGUGUGUGUUUUUUAGGCGAACGAAGGCAACUCGAAUCAAGCGAGGAGCGCCAGACAUGACACCUUUUUGCUGCACCUUUUCCUGUUGCAUGUCUGGCACUCCUUCCUCGCUUCAUGCACGCCCUUGCUCACCUGAAAAGCAUUAAAAAAUAAUGCGUGUUAAGCAGGGUAUUGAACAGCAGACAGAUGGCAACUGCUUCAGGGCGUUCAUAUGCUGGCAUCUAAUCUUUUUCUCAUGACAGGGCUUGAAAAAAGUCCCAUCCAUUCCAGUGGUCGCGGACAAGUAGAUUUUCUUGCUGAGCGAGCAACUUUAAAAGCUUACUUGCCCAAUGGGCAAGCUUAGGGCUCAGGCCAAACAUCCUGACCCUUACAAAAUCAUUAACUGAGACGUAUAAAAAGUUGCCCAGGUGAACCAAAAUGUGGAGCUGUUUGCCCAAAAGACCAGCUUGAAUUUAAGUGUUUUUCGAACUCUGCUUUAGUGCAUAAAUUAUAUUUAGCACAAAGCCUCUUCUGUGGUAAUAAUUUUUUGUACUAUGUGAUUUGUACAUACAAAAGCAUCAAGUAUCAGCCCUUAAGCUUAGUUAAUUCCUGAUUGUGUUAUUUUAGUAUCACAGAUGAUGUUCAACUCUCCUCCCCUGAGGCACCUCCUACAAAGGUGAGAGUUCAGCGUUUAAUGCUUGUUCCAGAAUGUAACUGCAAUAGGGACAACUACAGUAUCCCCACAUCUUAGUUGAUAUUUUGACGGCCGCCGACAAAACCUUGGUUGGAUCAGAUCGCACCAGCCCUUGUGACCCUACCCUUAACCUCUUGUUAGAUCCGGUCCAACCAGGCUGUGUUUGCACCAUAUUUUGGAAGAUUGACAUGGUAAAAUAACGCUAAGCCCCAGUUGUUCCUCAUCAGCAUGAAUACUGUAACUUGUUGUAUACUUGUAAUAUAUCUGGGGUGUUCCAGGUCUUUUGGCAAAGUUUGUAAAUAUUAAGUAAAUGAACAGGUAAAUAAAAUCAAUCAAUCAAUCAAUGUAUGUUCCAUUGCCUUUUCUUUCUAUUAGAGAGCCAAAGUUACUGAUGAGAUUCCAGAGGCUACGGAAGAUUAUUCCAAAGAAUUCAGCAAGUUGACUUCUAAGAAAGAAAAUAACAAGGUUCUAUUUUUUUUUACUUUUUAUGGCAUUCUAACUUAUUAUGCCCAUGUAGCAAGGCGUGUCACACACAAAACUGACUAAGUUUCAUCCUACGGGUUGCAAUCGAACAGGUAUUAUUAUGAAACUUCGACAACGGGAUGUUCCGAUAAGUCGGUAGUCGAAAGGCACGACCAAGGAAUCCAAAGUUUAAGAGUCUUAGCAAGGUUACACUUUGGGAAACACAACUCUGGGCUCGUGCAACAUAACUUCGGGCAAGGUAAUUUUGGGUUGAGUGGAGUUGUAACUCAGUGAACGAACCACUGUUAUGCCUCAAUACCUUUAGUUUUUUCAGAGGCAUUCUUAAACCUAUCUACCGUGUAGUUAGUUUGGUUUGGCUACGGGCCUGUCCUUGUUUAUAGAAAACUCAUGCAUUGACAGAAACGAUUAUUACCUACCGUGAGUAAUUAUUUUGCUUUGGCUACGGGGCUGUCCUUGUUCACAAAAAACACGAGUCUUCGCAGAUAAGUUGAUAAAAAUGUGAGGGGAGUCUUAUAAGGCAUAGUUUUGUUUCACGCAAAUUUGGCCAUCAUUUCAAAAAAUUAAUGAUGUUAAUCCCCCCUUCACGUGUUUUAUUGCAGACUGGUAAAAAGUUAACAGCUGCACAGAAGUCAUUAUCAAAGGUGGACAAAAAAGGAAUGAAGUCAUUAUCGAGCUUUUUUGGAGCUGGAACCAAGAAAGCAAAGAAAAGCUAG